AUGGCUUCUCGAACAUUAUUUGUGGAUACGAAAGUAGUACCUUUUGACGUGUUCACCUACCAAGAUGAUGAUUUUUACAAUCUUAUAAGUCAAAUUGCUGGUCCAGAUGAGGCAGCAUUACUUAAGAUUCAAGGUAUUCGAACAGUUAAUGCAUUUUUACGUAUACCAAAUAUCUUCGACGUUUUCAACAUCAAUGUUAAAGAAGUCAAUGAUAUUAAAACAAAAACAUGUUUUAUUCUUGAAAAUAAUAAUUAUAUUGAUCAAAUCAGGAAGCAAGGUGAACUAUUGAAGAAUACUAAUCGUAAACGGCGAACGAUUUCGAAUGUCUCUUCAAACACGACUGCUACACCUAAUAAUUCUCUUCAAACGAUUACUGAUACUAUUCAAUUUUCAACAACUACGACAUCAACAAUUGAAGCUAUUGAUCAUCACUCCUUUAUUAUACAGUCAAUCGACGAAUGGUGUUUAAAACAUGCUGAUGAAGUUGGUAUUUCUGAUUUAAAACUUGUUGAAGGUACCGAUUAUGUAGUCACGUUAUCUUCUGGUUUUGCUCAUAUUCGUUGUGGCUGCCAUAGAUCGGCUCGAUUACCAAAACAAGGAAGGAACUUUCAAUUAUCAAAUUUUUAUCGUCACUUGAAAGUGAGAAGAUGUUCUAUGCUUAAAGCAAAACAACCAAUGCAUAAUAUUAAUAGUAAUCCUAGCAACAAUAUUAGUAUUGAUGAAGAAAUAUCUUUACAACGAACUACUACAGGAAAUAUUCCAAUUUUAUCUUCUGAUUCUACUAUAUCGACUGAUUCCAAACGACAUUCAUCUUUAUCAGUAUCAAGUGUUAUUAUUCAAACGAUGACACAUAUGCUGCUACCAGACGACGUGUUGUCAUAUCAUGAUGAUGUCUUCUAUGAUCUCGUGCGGGAUAAAUGUGGUAUUGUUGUUGAAGAAAUGUUCCAUUUGCAGAAUAUAAGAUCUGUACAAUCUUUAUUACGUAUCAAUGAUGUAUUUGACUUUAUAAAUUAUGAUUCUGCCGAAUUAACUGCACUUAAAAAAAUGGUUGGUUUUGAACUCCAAAAUGGCAAAUUUCAAAUUAAAGCUGGCAUUCGUUUUGAUGUUGAUGCAUUUAUAGAAGCUUUGCGAAAUGUUAGUGAUAAAUUAUUGCAACCAAUGUCGACUGAUCAUCAAUGCGAUGAUCUUAUAAUUUCUCAAGAAUUUCUUGUUAAACAUCCUCUAUUAAAAACAGUUAUUGAAUUCUAUUUAACGAUAGAUAAUAAUGAUAAUGACAGUAAUCUGUCUUUCUUAACUGUACUUAUUGACAAUAUCAUACAAAAUUUGGCACUUCCAAAAAACGCUUAUCGCUAUAACGAACAGGUGCAAAAAUUUGCUAUGUCUCUUUAUAUACUUGCAGAUCGUAAUGCAUACGAAUUCGUACGAAUGAAUAUUCCUGGUGCUAUUCCAGCUGUUUCUACUAUUCAGUCGUCUUUAGAUCGCGAGGAAAACCAGAUUAUAGAAGUUUUUCCUAAGCAUCGCAAAGAGGCUAGUAAAUCAGCAUCAUCUGCAACAGUCUCAACUAUAUGGCCACUGACGAAAAAUGAUAUUCAACAAAUUGUUUCUUGUGCAUUUGAUGAUGUUUUUGAAUUACUCUCGACUCUUGGUGUCGAUAGUGCAUUAACAGAAAAUAAUAUUCAUACAUUAAAAAAUUUAAAUAGUUUUAUUUUAAAUAAAAUGAACACGAUGACAAAUACAAUCGAUGAGUCUACUCCUGAAGCCAUAGAAUCUGAUUCUGAAUCUGAUGAUAUCUUCGAUUACCAUGACUCAAUCGACGAAGAAGGCAAUGGAACUGAUAACGAUUACGAUUCACCUAUUUAUGAGCUCAAUGAUGUGACUGGCGAUAUUUUUCCUGAAGUUAAAAUUUCAGAUAAAAUGAAGAUAUUCAAUGUUGAACCUAUAUCUACUAAUAUGGGACAUCCAGCCGGGUAA